AUGGAUAUCUUUAAUCAUGACAUUAAAAAUGUUGAUAAAGGAAAUGUGGUUGCAGUAUUAGGUGCCCAGUGGGGUGAUGAAGGAAAAGGUAAAAUAAUUGAUAUAUUGUCAAAAUAUUCGGAUAUAACAUGUAGGUUUAAUGGAGGUUCUAAUGCAGGUCAUACUAUAUCAGUUAAUAAUAAAAAAUAUGCUUUGCAUUUAUUACCAUGUGGUGUAUUAUAUGAGAAUAAUAUAAAUGUUUUAGGAAAUGGUAUGGUAGUUCAUAUAAAAUCACUAAUAGAAGAAAUAAAUUCUAUUGGAGGAAACAUAUUAGAUAGAUUAUAUUUAUCUAAUAAAUUACAUAUCUUAUUUGAUAUACAUCAAAUUAUAGAUUCAUUACAGGAAAAUGAAAAAUUAAAAGAAGGAAGUCAGCUUGGUACAACUAAAAGAGGAAUAGGUCCGUGUUAUUCUACAAAAGCAUCCAGAAUAGGUGUAAGAUUAGGAACAUUAAAAAAUUUUGAAAAUUUUAAAAAGAUAUAUAUUAAAUUAAUAGAUCACUUAAUGGGAUUAUAUAACAUAACUCAAUAUGAUAAGGAGGAAGAAUUAAAUUUAUUUUAUAAAUAUCACUUAAUUUUAAAGGAUAAGAUAGUUGAUGUUGUCUCCUUUAUGAAUAAAAGUAUAGAAAAUAAUAAAAAGAUAUUAAUUGAAGGAGCCAAUGCAGCUAUGCUUGAUAUUGAUUUUGGUACUUAUCCGUAUGUAACUAGUAGUAGCACAACAGUGGGAGGUAUUUUUUCAGGUUUAGGAAUUAAUUAUAAAAAAUUGAAUUUAGUGAUAGGUGUAGUGAAAAGUUAUUUAACUAGAGUUGGAUGUGGACCUUUUUUAACAGAAUUAGAUAAUGAAAUUGGUGAGUAUUUAAGAGAAAAAGGUUAUGAGUAUGGAACGACUACAAAAAGACCUAGAAGAUGUGGAUGGUUAGACAUUCCAAUGUUGUUAUAUGUAAAACAUAUUAAUAGCAUUGAUAUAAUUAAUUUGACAAAAUUAGAUGUAUUAUCAGGGUUAAAAGAAAUUUUAUUAUGUACUAACUUUGUAAAUAAAAAAACAGGGAAGUUAUUAGAAAAGGAUUGUUAUCCUAUUGAUGAAGAUGAAUUAGCAGAAUAUGAUCCAGUUUAUGAAAAAUUUGAAGGAUGGGAAGAAGAUAUAUCAUGUUGCAAAGAAUUUGAAGAUUUGCCAUUAAAUGCAAGAAAAUAUAUUUUUGCAAUAGAAAAAUAUUUAAAAAUUCCAAUUGUAUGGAUAGGUGUAGGUCCGAAUAGAGAAAAUAUGAUUACCAAAAAAAUUUUUAGUAUAAACUAA